AUGGAUAUUGAUGUUGCUAUCAGACAAUUAAAGAGGCUUAUUUCUUUUUUCCAAGAGUUUAGAGAAUCUGGAUUUGAUCAAGCCUUGGUUGAAGCUGAACAUAUUGCAAGUGAAAUGGGAAUCGAACCUAUUUUCCAAGAAAAAUGCAUCAUUCAGAGAAAGAGACAAUUUGAUGAUAUCAAUAGUGAAGAGGUAACUCAAUAUCCUAAAGAAUCUUUUCGAGUGAAUUACUUCUUAUUUAUAAUUGAUCAAGCUCUUUCUUCACUUCAAACUCGGUUUGAGCAAUUUCAAAAGUACGAAGAAACCUUUGGGUUUUUAUUUAGUUUGAAGAACUUGAAGUCUAUUGAUGAUGAUGGUCUCUUGAGCUCAUGUGUCAAUCUUCAAAAUUCUUUAACACCUGAUGGGCACUUCGAUGUUGAUGGAUCAGAUUUAUUUCUAGAACUAAAGUUGUUAAGACAUUCAUUACCCGGAGAAGCAAAAAGAGCGAUUGAUGUGCUGAAUUAUUUGAAAACAAUGGAUGGUUGUUAUCCAAAUUUCUAUAUCGCAUAUCAAGUUUUGCUAACUAUACCAGUUACUAUUGCAUCUACGGAAAUGAGUUUUUCUAAAUUGAAGUUGAUUAAAACUUAUCUUCGAUCAACUAUGUCGCAAGAAAGACUAAAUGAGUUAGCUAUGUUAUCUAUCGAGAAAAAAAUUAUUGAGAAAGUUGAUUAUGCAAACUUGAUCAAUGCUUUAGCUUCAAAAAAUGUGAGACGAGUAAUAUUCAAGUGA